AUGACGUACACUGAGUUGUAUCCAUCAUUGUUGCAGAAAGGGUUGGUGACUCCCAGACCUUUGGGUCCUCCACCAAAUCCUUUGCCUCCAUGGUACAAUCAAGAUGCCCAUUGUUCUUUCCAUGAGGGCACCCAUGGGCACAAUCUGGAAGGAUGCUAUGCUUUGAAGCAUAUAGUGCAAGAGUUGGUUGAGAAGAAGAUCCUUUCAUUCUUAGAUGUUGGGCCCAACGUAAAAAGUAACCCUCUGCCGGCGCAUAGUGUUAUUAAUUCCAUUGAGGAUGUAUCUGAUGUUUGUAUAAUCAAAAAUGUUGAAGAUGUUAAAACUCCGUUUCUAGCACUCCAUGCAAGAUUGGCGGGAGUUAGUUUGAUUAAUACCUGUCACGAUAAUUAUGAAGAAUGUGUCAUUUAUCCAAAAGGGUGUAAAUUGGUACGAGCUGAUAUUCAAAACUUGAUGGAUCAAGGUGUUUUACAGGUUUUUGGUCCUACAACAAACAAGGAAAUUUCAGUAAUUGAACCCUUUUUCAAUCUACCAGAACCUGUUGAGAUAACUUAUCAAAGAAAAAAUGUUGUUCAUCCAUCACCUGUGGUAGUCUGUAUGCCUACUCCCUUUCCCUUCGAAAGCACCAAGGUCGUGCCUUAUAAAUAUUACAUAACUUUGGUAGAUGGAGUGGUAGAUGAAAAACCCAAAAAUGUUGAAGAAUCGAUAAAGGAAGCUACAACUGCAGUUCCUGUCCCAGAAUCUGGAGGGGUACAGUCGGCGAUGCAAUCAGGUGAAGCGAUUGAAUUCUUGAAAAUGAUAAAGAAAAGCGACUACAAGAUAGUCGACCAGCUGCAUCAAACACCAUCAAAAAUAUUUAUCAUAUCCUUGCUUCUGAACUCCCAAGCUCAUAGGGAGGCUCUAUUGAAAGUGCUUUCCCAGGAUCAUGCUACUCAGGAUAUAACGGUUGGCCAAUUCGAUAGGGUGGUCACCAAUAUCACAGCUUGCAACACUCUAGGCUUCACCAAUGAGGAGCUACCCAAGGAAGGACAAAAUCACAACCGUGCCUUGCAUGUAUCCAUAAAAUGCCAAGAAGAUGCUUUGGCUAGAGUCUUAGUUGACACUGGGUCGUCCCUCGAUGUCCUACCAAAAAGGGCGCUUGCUAAAUUACCUUACCAAGGGCCAGAGAUGAAACCCAAUGCACUUGUGAUUCCUUUUGGGACGUCCAUGGAUACAUGCUAUUGGGGCAAUGACUUCUACUUUGCAUCAGAAAAUGAAGUUUGUCGUCAACAACAAGCUCGUCAUUGUCUCAGGAAAGAAGAUUUCAUCAUUAGUCAACUCUCCUCUUUCCGUUAUAUUGAGGUUGAUGAAGAUGCCUUGGAGACUUCUUUCCAAGCACUUGAAACAGUCAAUGCCACACUUACGGAAGUGAAGAAUCCUGUUGAGAAAGUCAUUUUGUCGUUGGCCUCUUUGAAGAGCGUGAAGUCAAUAGUUGAAAGUGGAGGUCCUAUAGGUUGGGGUCAAGUCAUUGAUGUCAGCAAGAGAAAAGAUCAUUUCGGUCUGGGGCACAAGUCUUCUUCUAACGAAGAAGCCUUGGUCCAUACAAAAGACCGCAUACGGAGCAUUUAA